AUGCCUACCUACGAGUUCCAUCAUAUUUUGCCUCUUGGCCGUCCCCAAAAGGCCAAUCUAGCAAGACUUAUCACCGACUGGCAUGCAACAACGUUCAAAGCCCCUAUCUUCAUUGUUAACUGUCGAUUCGUCGAUAUCCGUGCUGCCAACACGCAAGACUUCUGGGUCGGUGGUCAUGAGCUGAAGACCAACAAGCUCAUGAUCGCUUUGCGAAGUGGAACGGGCCGUACUGAAGAUCAGUACAAGAGCAUCACGAUGAAGCUGGUUUCAUUCUGGAACGAAUCGAUUAAGGAUGUCCAGGCAAGCCAACAAGAGAAGGAACUAAAGGAUGUUUUCGUUAUGGGCGUGUUUGACUCCGCGUACGAGAGAGGCUUCUUUUUGCCCAUGCCUGGAGAGUUUGAGCCAUGGGUAGCUGGAAACCAGCCAGAAUUUCAGAAGCUAGCGGAUGGGGGCGAUGCAGUGUUCAAAGACCUCGUUCUGGAAAUCCAAGAGAGGCCUGAGUUUGGCGGUAAUUCCCAAGCCUCCUCGAAGUGA